GUCGCGGGUCUUGGGCCGUUUCCGUAUUCUUGCCAUGGAAACACAAUUAUCUAAGUCAAGGAACUCAUGGUAUAGGGUGGGGCUAACUGGUGCUAAGGGCGGAGCUCAAAAUGAAGUUACUGCAAAGAGCUCUAUAAGAAAACGAAUUAGUCGGAGACUAAUGCAGUGUGUUAAACAAAAGCCUGCUGGCAUAUUGCACUGCUCCAGCAAGAUACAACUAUUCCGUUUGACAACCAACACAAGUCUUUGGAAUCCAAGAAAAUAGACAAGGAUCUACUUUAACUGAAAGCGUAUCUCUGGUUUCAAACCCUCAACACAUCACACCUCCCUAAUGUCAGAGGUUUCAGACCCGGGGUGCAGCUCCAUGCCCAGGGGGGCCUUCUCGUGCAGCUCCAUGGCCCAGCUCCAUCGUAUGAGCAGCUACGGCCAGGGUGGUCCAGACCUGGGUCUUGCCUCAGAGGGCAGUGACAGCAUCGGGCGUAAGAACGUCCGCUCACGUUCCCGCCACAAUGACGUGGAGAUGAAGAGCAGUGGAUCCAGCGGGAGCGAGACCGAGUCACACGGCAACGAGAGCCACGGAAGCCAUGGAAACGAGAGCCACGGCAAUGAGAGUCAUGGCAACGAGUCGACAGGUAGCUCCAACGGCAACAGCAAGGACUCCGCCCUCCUGGAGUCGUCUGGGAGUAACAAGAGCCCCUCUCCUCCCAGUAGUUCCAAUGCCUUCAGCCUGCUGAGUUCUGUGCAGGACAACCCCUCCACCAGCGGCUGCAGUAGUGAGGAGUCCGCUAAGGCCAAGACCCAGAAGGAGCUGCUCAGGACCGCCAAGCAGCUCAGACAUCUCCUGCCUGCUGACAAGAGGAACAAAGGCAACAAGUCCAGCUCCCUAAACACCCUGAAAUACGCACUGCGCUGCGUGAAACAGGUGGAAGCCAAUGAGGAGUACUACCAGCUACUGAUGACCAAUGACAGUCAGCCAUCAGGCCUGGACGUGUCCUCUUACACCAUCGAGGAGAUAGACAGCAUCACCUCAGAGUACACCCUCAAAAACAAUGACAUCUUUGCUGUAGCUGUAUCUCUGAUCACGGGAAAUAUCGUCUACAUCUCAGACCAGGCCGCCUCCAUCCUCAACUGUAAACGGGGCAUCUUCAAGGAUGCCAAGUUUGUGGAGUUCUUGAUUCCCCAGGACGUUAGUGUUUUCUACAGCUUCACCACGCGCUACCGCCUGCCCUCCUGGAGCAUGUGCACCGGAGCAGAGUCAUCCCGGUCGAACUGCAUGCAGGAAAAAUCGUUCUUCUGUCGGAUCAGUGGUGGUAAGAAGUGUGAGGGGGACCUGCAGUACUACCCAUUCCGUAUGAACCCCUACCUGAUGAAGGUGCAGGAUAAGGUCCAUUCUGAGGACCAGUUCUGCUGCCUCCUACUGGCUGAGAAGGUGCACUCCGGAUACGAGGCUCCCAGAAUCCCUAGUGACAAGCGCAUCUUCACCACCACACACACUCCUAGCUGUGUGUUCCAGGAUGUGGAUGAGAGAGCUGUUCCACUUCUUGGGUACUUCCCCCAGGAUCUGAUUGGCACCCCAGUCCUUCUUCUCAUGCAUCCCGAUGACAGGCCUGUCAUGUUGGCCAUUCACAAGAAGAUCCUUCAGUACGCUGGCCAGCCGUUCGACCACUGCUCCAUCAGGUUCUGCACACGGAACGGAGAGUACGUCAUUGUCGACACCAGCUGGUCCAGCUUCAUCAACCCCUGGAGCCGCAAGGUCUCCUUCGUUAUCGGGAGGCACCAAGUCCGCAUAGGCCCGGUGAAUGAGGAUGUGUUUGAGGCCCCGCUCCCUGCCCUCAUGGAGACUAUGGACUCUGAAGUCCAGAAGAUCACGGAGCAGAUCCACAGAUUGCUACUACAGCCGGUGCACAAUACUAGCUCCAGUGGCUACGGUAGCGUGGGAAGCAACGACUACCUUGCAGCAUCUCAGGUGAUGACCAGCGAGGGCAGCCCAAGCAGGACACGCAUCGAGGGGGAGAGCAGCUGGGCCAAACCUCAGAGGUCAUUCCAGGAAAUCUGUAAAGGUAUCCACCUCCAGAAGAGUCGGGAACAGCAGAUCUACCAAGCCUCCUCCUCAGCCAGGCCUGAGACCAAGAAGAGCCCUGGCAAGUUCCUCCAGAAGAGUCCAGCUGUGGUGCGUUCCAAGGAAUCUGCAGCCCCUGUGGCCCCUCUGAGUUGGAGGGACAGUGGGGUCAGUGCUGGGGUCAGUGCUGGGGUCAGUGGGCUGAGCCUGGAGGACCGCAGCAGCAGGACUGCAGUACAGGAGGAGCAGCUGGCCUUCAACGACCAAACGGUCUACUCCUACCAACAGAUCAGCUGUCUGUACAGCGUCAUCAGAUAUCUAGAGGGCUGUAAUGUUCCCAUCACUAUGAAGAGGAGGUGCCACUCUUCUGACAGCACUAUGUCCUCAGAUGAGGACAAGCAGAAAGGAGGGGACAAUCCCAUGCAAUUAUCUGAAGACCCUGCACUGUUUAAUCAUCAGCCUGGUCUAACCCCUGUGGAUGACGUCAUCACAGACAAAAAGACAUACGCUACGACCUCAGCCACAGGGGCAGUGGGCUCCUCCCUGGCGACCCUUGCUGUACCACCAUGCGGUAAAGCCGAGAGCGUGGUGUCAGUAGCAAGCCAGUGUAGCUACAGCAGCACCGUCGUCCAUGUAGGAGAUAAGAAACUGCAGCCCGAGUCAGAGAUCAUCGUAGAUGUAUCUGUGGCACGGGUGGAGAGGGGCAACCAGACCCCUGGGCCUCCCCCCAAUGCUGUUUCACCUCCCAGCCUGGAGAGGGAGCCCUAUAAGAAGCUCGGUCUGACCAAGCAAGUCCUAGUAGCCCACACCCAGAAGGAGGAGCAGACCUUUCUGUGUCGCUUCAGGGAGCAGAGGGGAGUCCAGGCCUUCCAGGCCAACUGUUCCCAAUACCUGGAGCGCCAGAAGGGACAAGGCGCCGCUGAUGCUCUGCCCGCUGUGCGCCCAUGCAAACAGGCCGAGCCCGCUGCCCGUCAAAGUGGGCGCAACAAGAAGACCAAGUCUAAGCGGGUGAAACAGAACGAGUCGUCCGACAGUUCCGUGUCUCAUAGGAGAAGACAGCCGCAGCCCCGACCCCACCUCCUCAACCAGGGCCUCAACCAGACCUCCUGGUCCCCCUCCAACACUUCCCAGUCCACUUUGCUGCCCCUGGCUUACCCCACCGUGGUGCCAGUCUACCCCCUCCAGGUCUACCCUGGGGCGGGCACCAUGGCUGGCACCAUGCCUACUCGCCCAGAGAAUUCAUUGGCAGGCUUCGGUGACAGCCAGUGCAACCAGGAUCCCCAGUGCCCGCCACCAAACAUCCAGCCCUUGCCCUUCUUUACUCCCAUGGUGACCCCUGUGGUGGCUCUGGUUCUCCCCACCUGCAUGUUCCCUCAAAUGGGAAGCGGGGCUCCAGGACAGCAGCCUUUCUACCAGGCCGAGAAAGCCGGCUACCCCUCUCAGUCGCAGCCCUUCCUCCCACAGACAUCCCUCACCUUACCUGUCCAGGGUCCUUUCCCGGCUCAGCCACAGGCCUUCCCCCUACUGACGACCUUCCCAGUCUCCGCCCAGCCUUUCUCAUUCUCCAUGCCCAUGGAGGCUCCCAAGCCACCUGGGGAAACCACCCAGUCUCGCUGCUCCCCGCAUGGGACCAUGGGCGGCAGGGACCAAGCGUCCUCCCCUCCACUGUUCCAAUCAUGGUGCAGCUCGCCCCUGCAGCUCAACCUACUGCAGCUGGAGGAGACGCGGUGCUCCCUGGAGAGACAAGACAGCAUGGUGGUGGUGCCCUCCGUUGGCACACAAGGGAAUAACGCUGUCAACAUGAAGCGGGGGAGCGUGGUCUGGCAAGCCAUGGAGAAGGUCAAGGAGCUUCAGCAGGUGGGCUCGCCGGGCAACGGUAACUAUAGCGACGUCAAUUCGUCAUCGAAUGACCUGCUGGACAUCCUGCUCCAUUCAGACUCUCGUUCAGGCACCAGCUCAGGCACUUCAGGGUCCAUGGGUUUCAGCUCUAAUGGCUGCGCAACAUCAGCUAGAACGUCUAACAGCGGAAUGUCUAAUAAAGGUGGAACGUUGGGAUGUAGAACGUCAGCUAGCGGACAGUCAGCUAGCGGAGUAUCUGGCAGUGGCACAGGGGCAUUGAGAGUGUGCUUAGGGAAGACCGAGAGAAACUACUUGUGAUGCAGAAGUGCCAGCCGUGCUUCACCGGGGAGCAGCAGAAAGAACUGGUGGAGGUCCACCCCUGGAUGAGGAGAGGAGGGCUGCCCAAGGUCAUGGACCUCAAGUGUGGGCUGUGAGGAGGACACUCCAAAGGUGUUGUUGUCUGAGGAGCAGCCUGGCCUGGAUAUGGGAGACACAGAGACUGAGGAGGUCAGCCCCUCCAGGAAGCCCAGCGAGGAGCCCUUUAACAUGGACACCUGUCCCUCUUCUGGCCUUGGAUCAUCAUAGCCACAUCCACCCCCUGAAUCUGCCCCUGUUAAUUGUAGCCGCAUCACCUCCGCAAAAGACUAAUUCUCAAGGGACAUCAAUUAUUCACCAAGUCCCACCCUCAGCUGUCCCUGACAAGACCGUUUUUUUUUUUAACCAGGCAAGUCAGUUAAGAACAAUUUAUUAUUUACAAUGACAGCCUCCCGGGUGAACAGUACCCUUGUUCAGGGUAGAACAACAAGAUUUUUACCUUGUCAGCUUGAGGAUUUGAUCCAGCAACCUUUCGGUUACUGGCCCAACUCUCUAACCACUAGGCUACCUGCCGCCACAUAUUAGACUGCCUAGUACUGCUUGCAUCCUGCGGGUACAAACCUUUUCUACAACAAACUAAACUGUAUGGAAAUUCUGCUACCGCCUGAGAGACUAGGGAACAUACAGACUGUUACAUCCCACCUGGUCAAUUCAUUUUCAAUGUGUGUGUGUGAGAGAGAGGAAAAAGAAGAGUGAGUUACAGUGGGUCCACAACACAGCUCAUGUUCUAUCUAUUGUUUUUUCACGUAUUGAAAUUAAUUGUUUUCAUUGAAAACGUUUUGACUGUAGUAGUCUUGUAUUUGUGUUAAUUUAGAGCCCUGGGGCUAGCAUCAACAUUUUAACACUGGUGCUCCAAACUUAAAGAAGUUAGGAGCACCACAUGAAAUGUAGGAGCACCAGAAUAUAUUAUUUUUUAUUGUAAUACAGCCUAUAUUGGGCCUAUACGAAUUCUAGGUACUUUUGAGGGACAUGAUUUUCCCUAGAAAAUAAAUGUAUAUAAGAUAUUAAUUUAUUGUAAAAGCUUAAAAAAAAUCUAUAUUUAACCUUUAUUUAACCAGGUAGGCCAGUUGAGAACAAGUUUUCAUUUACAAUUGCGACCUGGCAAAAUGUUGAUAGGAAUACCUGUCAUUGAAAUUACAAAGUCAUUCGUGGAAUAUUAGGUUCCUACAUUGUGUAAAAGCACUGUCGAGAUGCAUUACAUUGAAAAUUAUAUACUGUCUCUUUAAAAACGGCAGAAGAUCUGACAUUCAUUAUUUUCUAUGAUCACUGAUCUCCUGAAGAAAGGAAAAGGGAUAGCUUCUUUCUAUGCCCCCAAAUGUUUGGAUAUACUGGUAAUGUUACCAGGUUGUUAGCUAGCUAGCCAAUGAGGUAACAUGACUGAAGUGUAAACAAAUGGUUAACGACAUGGUUAUGAAUGGAAAAUGCGGUCCCAGCGAUCCACAAUAGGAAGUUUUAAUUCUAAAUGAACAGUCGCUAAGAUUAUAUUUGGUUCGCUCAUUGACAUAGGCUGUAGCAAAAGCUAAGCAAAGAGCCAUUUUACUGGUUGUGUUUUUUACAUUUAAUGCAGUUGAUUUGCGAUGAGGACGCAAACAUAAUAUUAAACAGGACAUUCAUACGAGCCUUAAAAUCCAAAAGUAGUGUGAAAUACACUCCUAAGCAACAUGUAAAUAGUAUUUUUUUGCGGGCAUUCUAUAACAAGUACCCUGUGUUCUGUCAUAACUUGCGCGCAUCACUCUUGUGCAACAAUGUUUGCAAAUACAGAAAGAGGUCUAUUGGGAGGAACUUCAUGUGUUUGGCUAAGCUUUGAGGAAAGAGUGUCCUAGGAUCAGCUUUCCCAAACACAAUACUAAGCAUCUUCCCAGUCGGUAUUAGAUAGGUGGUUACCUAGGUUACCCUAUUGGCUCACAGCAAAAACUUGACCUUUUUCAAACGCAAUUUUCUUGUCUACUUGUUUUAGUCAAUUACAAAACUACAUUUAAGACAAGUACAACAUGUCUAUUACUUUUCAACAUUGCCUGCUCCCGAGCAGUCUCGCUACUUAGAAAGACGUAAAAUUGUAAGGGCUUCACUCAAGCAUCUUCAUGACGAUGCUAGCAGUCACAUGAGUGAGUGCUACAGCUAGCUAGCCAAGACCAACAACAGAAACAAACAGACUAUACAGCUACAAGUAGUGAGUGGAGUUACAAACGGACUAUACUAAACAGGUUAAAUGUCUUACCUGUGAUGAAAUGUUUGCCACACACAUAGUUACGUGUACCUACUUGCAGGGGAGCAACUUUUACUGGGGACAGGGGGCAUGACCCCACUUUCUGAACAUUAUUCGACUGACGUAGCUGGAAAGGCAACUGCUGUUAAUUUUUUUUAGAGUUAGUAGUGUAACUGACAUGCAGCGUUAGCUAAUGUAUUAACGUUACAUGUUUCAUCCCCUCUCGACUGAAAUUGUGUCUGAAGGGAUUGAACUACCUAGCUAGCUAAUAGCUACCACAGCCAGUUCAGCUCUAGCCUCUAUCUAUUGUAUCUGUGAGGUAGCAGUAUCUAACAGCUGUUGUGUGUUUUUAAGAAUGUUUUGUACAGUUUCAACAGAAGUAAAUUGACUUGGGUAGUUUUCGGCAGUUGAUGUACCACCUGAACUAGCCAAAAGUUGGCUAACGUUCGAUAGCUAAUGAGCUCACUAAUUGAAGCUAUUAUUUUUACCUCAAUCACACUAGACCUGAAUCAAAUGAUGAAUACAGCGGCCAAACAAUUUGAAGACCGAUAUUCGGAUGUUUUUUGAAAGUGCAAUGUGUGCUUUUGUUAGUCAGUAGAGCAAUGUUACCAUAUUUAUGUCAGUUUCCUUAGCUAAUUCCCUACUUUUCUAUCUGGCCCGGUAUAAACAGCUCUAAUGUUACAGGCUUCACUGUCAUGGUGCACAGUCAGUACACAACACUAUGCUCAUCAUGUCUUAGCAGGAUGAGAUGGUGACAGGUGUCCCUGCAGGGUCAGACAGCCAGGGAAGACCAGUCUACGGAGCUCAGGUGAUAUUUUAUUUUUUUAUUUUUUUUGCAGUAUAUUAUAACAACCAGUGAAUGGAUACAACGUUCCAUCUUGAGUUGAUGGGUAGGAUACAGUCUGGGAUCUGGGAAUAAUGGUCAUUUCAAUUAUUGAACCAUUGACACUCUUCUUGGAUAAUAUAAUGUAUAAAUGUACACCGAUGUAUUAUUUGUCAUGCCUCAUCUGAGCAGGAUCAGAUGGUGACAGGGGUCUCAGCAGGGUCAGGCAACCAGGGAAGGCCAUUCUGUGAUGUCGCUAUGGUGAACUUUUGCAGAUGCAACACUUUAAAGGCGCAGCACGAUCAUUCCGACGUCUGCAUUGGCCAUGCAGCAUUUACGGGUGACACGGCCUCUGCAGAAGUCAGAGCGUUCAUACUUCUUGCUCUUCGCCGAGCAGCGCAGAGCUGUUGUGAAGGAAGUUGUCAAGGAAGUGAGUUUGUGUUUAUACAGGACCUCCCGCCCUCACCUACCAUCAACUAAUCAUGUCAAUGCGGAGCUAUACGGAGCCAUCCGCAUUGUUACAACAUUUGAGAGGUGCACAGUGAUGCAGUGCAGAGCGCAAUUUGGCCUCUGCGUUCCUUCGGAGGCUUCUCAAUUGUGUCACACCACAUUUUCGGAUCAAGCAUAUUUUGGCUCUUAUUUUCUCUGUGCAUCAAACACUAGACAAUCCAGAAGCUUGAAACUAUUUUAAGGGAGUCUGACAAACCUCUAAAGUUGAUAAAGGUUUUCCCAGUGACACUAAACAUGUAAAACAAAAAUGUGAGGAAGACCUGAGAGACACUAUUGAUGAUGAUGAAUUGAUACAGAUGUGUUUGAAUGCCUCAGUCAUGGUAUGACAUUUGUGCGUCUAUAAUUUUCUCACUCGUCAUUAUUCACUCAUCAUUCAGGAUGAUCCGUAAUCAUUGUAGAAUCCACAUUCAUGUAGAAGUGUUUAGAAACAUAUUCUAUUCUUAUUUACAAUAAAAGUGACCCCAAAGGGGUCUUAUUAGAUUGUGUGCAAAUGAGCUUUAGGUGAGCCCCCCCACACACACACACUUCUAAAACCAAAGUUGUGCCCCUGCCUACAUGGACCCCGGGUCCCCACAUUUCCCUGUCUCCCACACCGAAUAGCAUGAAGCCACAGGGCUUUUCUCGCAGGCUUUAUUUCCUUACCUGGGAGCAUUGCAAACCCUAGGUCAGGCUUUUGGACCUGGUUACAUGUACACUGAACAACACAGCAUCUUUUCAGCAUCAACGACGAAGUUGUCUCUUUUACAAUGGGGUCGAUAUGAAAGUAUUGUAGCGACCCGCACAGACAGCUGUGUGUUAUGUGUUAGGCUAGUAGGUGGUUGUGUUGUACUGACCAGUACCCAGUGUUCGCGGGGUCCGACAUGUCAAUCAACCUGCUAUCUGCCAAUCACGGGAAUGCCUGGAAUGUUCUGAUGCCGGGCAUCCUGGCGGUUGGCGGAGUGGCGUGGAGGGGGGUUGGGCAGGGGGAUGGAGCAUUGGAAGUUAAGACCAGGUUUAGCCUUUGUUCUCUCUCUUACCUCUGGGCUUCACAAGAGAAGGUCACGAUUGGCUUGUUGGUUAUCUUUCAUUUAUUUGGCGUGGGCUACGGCCAAACAGUAGCCUGUGUAAAGUUGGUUUAAUAAACCGUCCAUUCGUAAACUCAAUCCUCUGUCUGGACAGUUGUUCUUUUAUGAUCUAGUCAGGUCAUUACAGUAUGUUGGUUUCCCUCAGUUUGUUGCGGUGGUCGAGGGGAAUUCCUUAUUAUUACGUGAAUACCGACUGGGACUGUAGCGUUAUCAGGCUUGCUGUCCUUGGAACUGUAUAGCAAUCAAAGCACUUAAAAUAAAUAAUAAUUUCACCUUUAUUUAACCAGGUAGGGCAGUUGAGAACAAGUUGUCAUUUACAACUGCGUAGUUUAUUACGUGGGCAUAAAGCAAUUGGAACAGAUGUCGAAGGCAUUUGUCAAGACUCCUGUCUAUUCUUCAAAGAUUAAGCAUAGCGUUUAAAAAAUGUGUGAACACUCUAAACACACAAAUUGUCGACCUGCACUUUUCCAAAAAUAUUUCUGUACAGUUUGU